UAAUGUUAAAUUCUUGUCCAUUUUGCCUCGAUUAAAUGAAACAUUUAAAAAGAUUUGUUUGAAUGCAUCAUUGUUAAAAUGUCUCGUAAUUGUUUUAAAACUGGUUCAUUAGUUGAUGCUUUGCUGUCGUUGAAUAAUGACGCCAGUAACCCCAACAAUAAUAAUCAAACCAUUCACAACGAAUUGGCUAAAGCAGAAACGAAUGAAAGUAACUACUAUGAUGCAUAUAAAACGAUGAUUUAUUUCGAAGAAGCGGCACACGAAAUCGUUUUAAGCCAAUUCAAUCAAAUAAACAUUCAAUUGAGAUUCUUCCCAAACAAUGCACAAUUUUACAUAAAAUGUGAUGAACAUUGUGCCGGUAUUUCUGAAGCAAUUGAUGACGGAAUAUUGGAGCAAUUCAUUUUAAAGCCUGCCAAUUCAAAGGGUGGACGUAUAAUAACUGGAUCAAUACAAGGAAAGAACGAUGAUAAGAUUUUUAUUGAAAUUACCGAUGAUUGCCGCAAAUAUGCAGUGAACAAUUACAAACAUGAAUCGUAUGAUAUUUACUUUAUCGUCAACCGGCAACCAUUUCAGCUACAGCAUUAUGCACUAAAAAUGAUGAGAGAACAAAAAUUGUUCGAUUGUUUGAUUUCAAAUCCAAAAUAUGAUGAUGAUAGCGAGAGACCGGCACUAAAUGAUUCAUACAACUUUUGUCAAACGGCAUUAAAAAUGAAUGAAGAACAGAAAAUUGCGGUGGCUAAUAUUGUAAAAGCACCAAAUGCUCCUUUGCCGUACCUUUUAUUUGGUCCUCCCGGCAAGUUUCUGUUUGCACUGGAAAAACGAGCACGCUUGUCAGUGCUGUUGAAGAAAUUAUACGAUCUUCUAGUCGAAAUGUUUUAG